AUGGAGAACUCUACAGUAGAAAUAUCUGACUUCUAUCUACGAAUAAUAGAUGACUCUGUUUACUGGACGAGUUUAGCAGUUGUUGGAUUUAUUCUAUCAGCCGUUAUUACUGUCGCAAAUUUCAUCGUCUUAACUACGAUCUACCGAGACCCGAAAAAGACACUUCGUACUUUGCCAUGUUUGUUGAUCGCAAAUCUAAGCUUUUCUGAUUUUCUGGUGGGUCUGUUUGUUGUAUUACCGGUGGCAACCAGGGACGUGUAUAGAUCUCUGCACCUCGAAAUUCCUGUACCCCGUGAGAUGCUAAUUGCUGGGUAUUGUCUCCUUGGAUCGACUCUGUUUAACAGUAGUGCUACCAUAGUAGCAAUGUCAGUAACUUGCUACUUUGCCAUAAGCAGCCCCAUCAAGUACAAGAUCAAGAUCACGAAAAAAAAGAUAUACCUUCUCAUUGCUGCCAUAUGGGUUGUAUCGAUCACAAUAAGCUUUCUACCAGCAAUAGACAUCACUGAAAUGACCUAUUUUCUGGUUUAUAUUCACACUCACAUCUCGCUGCCAGCUUUGCUACUCGUAGUCAUCUAUUUCAAAGGGUACCGUGCCCUAUUACGGCGGACCAGAGAACUCCAAGCGAAUAGACAAGCUUCAACGCGUGCUUUGGAACGGGAACGAAAUAUGGCGGUCACAAUAACGAUUAUCUUAGCUCUCUUCCUUCUAACCUACAUCCCGGAGUUUAUUACGAUUCACCUGGCCUUCUUCUGCGAUUCUUGUGAGAUCAAAGAGGAUUCAAUUACGUUUCAUAAAAUUGACGUGGUUUUAUCGCGAUUCGUGUUUCUGAAUUCGGCAUUAAACCCAUUUAUUUAUGCGUGGAGAAUGCCUACAUAUCGUCUCGCCUUGAAAGCCUGUUGCAAACUUGUCAAGAACAACAGAGUAAACUCGGCGGCCGGUCUUUGCUAUCAAUGCGGGCAGCAAGCACCGGUUAUAACAGUUGCAACUGUUAACGCAGCUGCAAAUCAAAGCUAA